GUUUAGAGUGGACAUGAGAGCCGGAUGAGAGAUUUAGCUUCAAUCAGCAGGCGUGCUAGACGAGGAAUAGCCUCUCGCUUAAAUAAAGUUGCAUCGUGGACAUUCUGCAGGUGGAGAGAGGGCCGCGAGUAUAAGGCGGGGCUUUUGUUUUAUAAAGCCGCCGUCGCUUCUUGUACAAUCACCGCCGCAUUGUUCUUGGAAAUAAAAGAAACAACUGAAAAUCAUGUUGACCGGCGAGCAAACGUUUAAGUUGCCCUUUACGGGCGUGAAUCUGGACCGCGACCAGGUGGAAAAACUGCCGCAGCCCUACCGUUUUUUGUCGAAAAUCAUCGACGGUUUGGUGGAAGAGGUAAACGACCGAAUUUUGGAAAUCGAUAUGAACUGCAAAUAUGUCUGGGUCUGGGAGAUUGCGAGAUGUGUCAUGUUAGUCUGGCACGACUCUAAACUCUGUAUUGCGUGCCAACGAAGAGGCCCUCUUGUCUAUCAUGCAAAAACGCAGUUUCUCAUGCUGAGUACGCAACUCUGAAACACGGAAAGACUUGCCAUGCUGGGCAGCGCAUUACAGUGUGCUUAAUAUUCCCUUCCUUGCAUCACAAAUUUCCAAACCCAGACAUCUUUGCAAUGCAUAAUCGAAAAGCGCAAACGACAGCAGGUUUUCGAGUACAACCUACCGGAGAUCUUUAUGGUGUUCUCAAACGUUACAUUCUCGACUGUUGCAUGAAUUUGCAAUGCAAGAAUGGCAAAAAUGCAAGUGUGAAGAGUGCGCCUUUUGCAUUACAGGUUCGGCACAGAUUUAGAUGCUGUUUAGCCCUUUGGAAAUUUGUCAUGCGAAGCAGCUUGAUGAUCAUGAUAGUGAUACUGAUGAGAGUUUUGCAUGACAAAUUCAUGUAACCGCUGAGAGUGUAACGUUUGAGAGCCCCAUAAUCUUUCCCACCGGGCAGAUUGUCCUGGAUGACAAUUCGGCAUCCAAACCCGCGGCAGGACCAGGAGUACUAGACACGGCGGCAGCAGGCGGCCGUGGGAGUGCUGCUGCUGCUCCACCGGUGGUCACGAACCGGAUCAAUUGCAUUGCAAACUCUUCCUCCGGCCAUGUGGAUGUGUCCUCUUCCACUGGCAACUACACGAGCGGCAGCAACUCCGUGGCACCGCACGGGGCUGGCGGGCCAUCUUCAAAAUCCGUGUUGAACACAAUCGUCGCAUGCGGGACCGAAAGCGGGGAGCUCAUCAUGCUGGAUCUGCAGGGCACCGGAAGACUUGUGUGCAACCUGCAGCUGGUCCCGAAACAACCACCACCGGUGGUCGAGGAGGAUGUUGAAGAAGGCGCCGGGGGACAGGCCGCGCCCGUGCAUCCCAUGAAGAAACCGGUAUUAUUUGAAAGCGGAUGUAGUGUGCUUGUUGUUUGGGGGUUGUAUAGGGAUGUAUACGCGAGAGGAUGUUUCGCUCAUACUGAAAAAAUGUUUCUUCACUCCCAAAAUGUAUAAAUGUUGACGGGCCUAGUAUGAAUCUACACCACAAGCAAGAUGAUAAAGACAAAGUCUAAGUCACCAAGAACUUCGCUCCUCCUGCACGACAGGGCAGUGUGACGCACGUGGCGAUGACGACGGGGUUUCUGAAGCGGCGGGCGAUCUGCGAGAACUGCAGUCUCUGGCGGUCCGUGAACCCAAAAGUGGUCGCUGCGGUGAACGGGCAGAGCUAUUUGAAAGUUUGCGAGUUUCGAAACAAGGACUACAUCCACUCCGAGCAGCUAGUUCCGUUCGCGAAACUGCAGUAUCCCCAGGAAGUGGUAGACUUUACCAACAGCACAGACGGCGAUGCCGAUGGAGGACCAGGCAGCAAGGAAGUUUCUCCGGUGCGGCAAAUUUCCACCUGGGGGAACAGUGGCGCCUUGUGGACCUGUGCGUUUCUUUUGACCGCCUCGAACACGGGAAAGGUGUUUGUUUACCGGAGUUCGCUCGGCAAGCCACUGGAGAAGGACUUCAAAAACGCCGCGGGCGGAAACUCCAAGUCCUUCAACAGCAAGCAGCCGUUUACCAUCCAGGAGGAGGGGGAAACCGACGCGGAGCAGGGCUUGAACGAUUCCCUCGGACCCGGGAACACGCUCGCCAACGGGUUGCACGAUGCCGCGAAAAUUGAGCAGGCGUGGGAUGACGCGGAGAAAGUUGCCACCGUGGCGACACCACUCUACUCGGUCUCGCUACCCGGCUAUCAAAUGUAAAAAUGUCUGGGUCUGGAAGAUUGGAACUUGUGGUUGUGAUGCUGCGUCUGCAUUAUCCAAAAAUCUGUAUUGCAUGAACAGCAAAAGAGGCCUGGUUUUGGCCACGGCGAGAGGGCAUUUCUCAUGCGGUAUAGGCAUCAGAACGCCCUCGCAAUAUCUGUGAUGCUAGGGCAUGCAUCGCAGACGUCAGGAGUCACGCAAGAUGUGCAUGACAAACCUUGCAUCCUUCCAGACCCAGACACUUUUACAUUUGAUACCGGCUUCAGCAUGCGGGCAACCGCCCAGCCGCUCCCGCCCAUGUAUCCUGAGUAAAAACGUACCCACACCAGAGUUGUAAUGCAGAUUUGCAAAGACAGGAAGACUUGUAAUGCGCAUCACCAUGAGAGCCAUUUACAAUCGUGUUUUGGAAUUUGUGAUGCUGUGAACAGGAUGAGCAGAUGAAUCUGUGAUGCGGCUGCACUUGCUAACCUGCACUACACUGCAGAGCGCAACUUGUCAUGCGUGACUGACUCACAAAAGUCCUAGGCUUGUGUUGCAAAAUCCCCACCCUGGCUCUGGUGUGGGUACGUUUUUACUCAGGAUGCCAUGUCCUCCAUAUUCGCGGACUUUUUCUUCGUUUGCGGCGAGUCCACAAACGAAAAAACCUACAGCCGGCCGGGCUCGCUGGUGUUGUGGAGCGAGAAGAGCAACUUGCUCUACUUCGGAAGUAUCCCAAUGGUCGAGAACGAGUGCGACCAGCGGGGUGCGAUGCAAGCGCAGGAUGGCAGUCUGGAUUUGACGGAGGUUCCGCUAGAUCCGAUUGACGAAUCGGUGAAAGCCGUCGCGGAAACGAAGUCCUUGUGUCUCAACAAGCACUGGCUUUUUAUGGACGCGGUUUCCGCGGUGGGCCGGAGUGCCAGCGGAACUGUGAUCGGAGUAGGGACGGAAACAGGGUAUCUUUAGCAGGGUUUUAGUUUUUUGCAAAAGGGUUAAUCUGUGUUGCGUUCUUUUUCGGAGAUUACGACACGGAUUUCUCGUGCGGGCUGAUGAAGGAAGUAAGUAGUUGAUCUUGAGGAAGUUGACAGCAGCAGCAGGCCAAAAGAACCACAUCCAAAAAUCGAUCUACAACAGCACUGUCACCCUCUGGUCCGGCUGGACCAUGUCCAAUCUCUUUUCCGACUGCCCGGGCCACUAUGGUCGCGUUGAGUCCGUUUCUUUCGCCGGAAAUGCGCGCGUCCUCACGGGUGGGUCCGACGGGUGGGUGCACGUGUUGAGCUGCGAAACGGGGAAGCUCAUUUUCCGCACCAACACCUGUCCCGCCUUCGAACCCUGCCACAGUCUCUGUCACCUGUUGUCGGGGUUCGUACCGCUCGCGAUUGGUGUCUCGGAGGUGGGACAGCUGCGGUUGUGGGACACGAGGUUGAGCGAUAAGCUCGGAAAAUUGAUCGCAGCGCCGGAAGGGUACUUAAUCAUGAACCUUUUUAUAUGGAAUUUGGAAUUAGUACGUGAUGCACCUCCACUUUUUGCACUACCUUGACGUUCACAGUUUGGUUGUAUUGUUUUGACGUUCACGAUUUGGUUGUAUUGAAAAGCUAAAGCUCACGACCUUCAUUAUAUGAUCAGUUCCUGUCUCGGCGAGAACACGAAGCUACACGCCGGCUACGACUCCUUCGCUGUGUUUCAGACGCAAGAGGGGCAAACCUGCGUCUCCGUGUACGACACGAACAUGAUUCUCAGCAACAUGUUCGCGGGGAUCUCCGCCAGACUAGAAAACAGUCGGAGCUCCUCGGCGUCAAAGCUCUUCCGGGUUUUGACAUCGGAACAAAGGAAAAAUCCCCCAGCGAAGGUAUACAGGUUGAGGACUGCUGCUGCUGGUGCUCGUUAUCCUCCUGCCGCGUCAGAGAAGAAAGAGCGAGCAGAUGAAUUUGUUAUUCCUUGUACGGCAAUAGAUACUGGAAUAGUAUGUUGGCUGCUGCUGCAUGAGAAAAUAUUGUUAUUCGGAACAAGUUAUCGAGCGAGAAACUAAACCCACACGACCAGGAUCACCGCAGCACCGCCACCACAGUGUCAGGUCCCGGACAAUCCUCGGCGAAUCGCAGCGUCGCGAAGUCCACCGCCACCUCCGGCGGAGGCAGUUCCGCGCAACACAAGUCCGCGUCCUCCUCGCGGGGCCGGUCGUCCCCGAAAAAGAAGGGCACGCUGACCCAGGCUUCCUUGAUGGCACACGUAUCCAAUGCAACUGUAUCGUACUCGUUUUGAUUUCUGUCGCAGUCAUGCAUGACAGAUCUAUGUUGCAGGAAUCAAUUUGUGUUGCAAUUUUUCCUAAACCUUUUGCGAUACUUUUGCAAUGCAUAGCACGAAGUGCAGUAUGAUCUUCCCGCGGGGGCGACGCAGCAGCAGGAAAUCGAGCCAAACCCCUUGGAUUUGGAGUGGCGACGCGUGGGCGUGGAGAAGUACCGGGGGAUAUUGGCGGAGAAAGCGACCUCGAGGAAAAAAGUGACGGUUUUGUUGGACGAGGUGCACAAAAAAAUACAGUCGGCGGGAGGAUCCUAGGAAAUAAGGUACGUGCACCCGAUUUUGAGCACACACAUUUAGACCUUAGUUCUGUUGUUCAUGCCGUUGACUUGUUCGAGGGUGAGGAACAAGGUCGCUCACUCAGGCUGUUUUUUGAAAUAGUAAUUUUCACGCCAGUUUUGCGAGCAAGGGAGAAAAUAGUCUACGUGUGGUCGUGCAAAAGACCGACAUGCGGAUACUGAUAGAUCACGCACUUGGUUAGGGAAACAAAUACCGAAUGAUUUCCAGUUGCGAUUGCGCGCGCAAAGGCAAGCAGAAACAAACAGGAAU